CCGGAAGUCAAGAUCGUUGCUUUUCCUGGUUCCUGGUUCCUGCUUUUCUCUGUUUAUGGUUCCCCCUUACAGAUUCAUAAUGUCCGAGCUCAAAACUAUAGUUUGGCCUCAAGUGAUUUUAUUUGGGGACUCCAUCACACAGAAUUCAUUUCAAGCAAAUGGCUGGGGGGCAGAAAUUGCCAACAAACUAGUAAGAAAGUGUGAUGUUGUGAAUAGAGGAUUUUCGGGCUACAACUCCAGGUGGGCAAAGAUAAUUCUUCCUCGCCUCAACAACAUCAACAACAUCAACAACAUCGCUGCUGUCACUGUCUUCUUUGGAGCAAACGACAGUGCACUGGAAGAUAAAACCCCCCAACAGCAUGUCCCCUUGCAGGAGUACUCAGAGAACCUGAAGGAGAUCUCUGGGCUCCUGGCUUCAGCAGGAGUGUCAGCAGACAGAGUAAUCUUCAUCACCCCUCCGCCUCUUCAUGAAUCAGCCUGGGAGAAGGAGUGCACUUCGAAAGGAUAUCCUCUCAAUCGUCACAACUCUGUAACAGGGCAGUAUGCUCAGGCGUGUGUCCAGGCUGCCGGUCAGUGUGGUGCAGAUGUCCUGGACCUCUGGACACUCAUGCAGAAAGAUGGACAGGACUACUCUGUCUACCUGUCUGACGGGCUCCAUCUCUCAGAGAAGGGAAAUCAGUUUGUGACUCAGCACCUGUGGGAGCUGCUGGAGUCUCGUGUUUCUGACCUGCCGUUCAUUCUGCCAUACUGGGGAGACGUCGACGCUAAGAGCCCCGAGAGCAGCCUCCUCUGUGACCUGUGAUGAAGUGGAAGCUCUGGAGAACAUUUUUGUUGAAGAUAUUACAGGGCUGCAUCUUCUAUGGUGAACAAAAACACUCUCCAGCACUCGUGUUGCACAUAAAGCCUGAUGAUGGACUUCAUUCCUUCUAUAAAACCGUAUGUAUGCCAGUAUGCAAACUAUGAGAACAUUGAUUCAUGUUUAAAGCACAAUAAAGAUUUUUUUUAUUUGAAGAUACAAGCUGGACACUUUUUAAAAAGCAUAGAAACACAAAUGACAUUCACAUCAUCAUGACACGGGACAGCUGCUCUUUGUGUAACAGUUCACAUCUAUCCAGUAGAAUCAAUGUUAACUACACAGCUUUAUGUAGACAGAAAACAAAGCAACAAUGAUUUGAGCACAUUCGGGCAGUUCCCUUCUGAAAUGAAAUUCAGGAUUGUCAAAAGUUGUGUUUUCUAUUGUGAAUGUUUUUCAUCUUCAGUUCAGAAAUAAAUCCUAACAGUGAGGCACAGAAUCAGAAAAGGCACCUUGUUCAAUCCAGGGAGCAGCCACACAGAGAGAAUACAUGAUAAAUAAGUUGUAAUACUGACACAGACCACCACUUCAUUCUCACUCAGUAUUAACAGGAUACAUCUCCAGUACAAAGGCCUCAAAAUAUCAUACAAGCCUGUUUUUUUUUCCCCUCCAGAAUUAACCAUCGAUGACACACUAGUGACGACAUAUACACACGUUUUUUUUCCAACUUCCCAGUGAUGUGAAAAUACUUCAAGUUCAGUUAUGACACAAAGAUUAACGUCAUCUAAGGUCAGUGUUUAAUACAUCACACUGAAAUGUUUCCUUUUAAGAAAAAUAAAUCACAGCUACAACAUGAAAA